UAAGGGAACCGAUGAUUGGGCCUCUCUGGGAACAACAGUCAAGAUGAGCAGCUCUUAAAACUGAGAGUAAAGAUUCACGUGCAGCAGGGCCCCUAAUCCAGAGAGAGAAACAUGGGCUCUACCCAGAAAGGCUCCAUGUCUCAGACAGUCAAGAUGUCCAAAGUCCCGAUUAAAGUUUCUACUUCUGUGCGAGGGGCCGAGGUCAACAGUUCUUUGAGUCCCCAUCGAGGUCCUUCUUUUAUCAACCAGAGGGGUGCAGAUCUGUCCCAGAGCGUUUCCCCCCAACGUGGAAUGGAAAGCCGCCAAACUGCUGCCUCCCAAAGAGGGCUAGAUACCUCUCAACCUGCUUCCCCCCCCUUUGGGACUGAUUUCUCCCGAAAUUCCUCUCCCCAAGGGAAUGAAUCUGGUUAUAGCAGCCAAAGCCAUUCAAAGGCUGAAGCAAGCCGUCCUCGUUCACCUCACCGCAAAAGUGAACAUGUCACAAUUUCUCCCCAAGGGCUUUCCCCACAAGGGAGAACCCAGAAAUUUGAUGUUCUUUCCCAUUGUAACACACCUAGGAUGCAAAGUCCACCAACACAGGACCAACCACGGAAAAAUGUGGUUAUCUCAGGGCAAGAGGGUCAUCGCACAGAUGCCAAAAACCCUUCCAGGGCACCCCAGAACCAGAGGGAAUCAAGUCCUCCAUGGGAAGUGGACCCACCCUCCAAGGUUACAAACCCCCAAGGGGUCCGAAGCCCCCGAAGGCGGUUAAUUAACCCAAAGGAUGAAUGCACUCAGACUACGGUCUAUGUUGAGAGCAAACCUGUCUUGAAGAAACCUGUCAUUGCAGAGACCCACACUACAAUAGUGGAGACCAAACCAACCCAAAAGGUGCAAGAGGCCGAGGCAGGUCCCCGAGGCAUAAUCCAUGCAGAAGCUAAGGGAUCCCACAGAAACUUGGGGGUAGCAGUAGAGUCAGCUGUUAAGGUUUCAUUCCGUAAGGAUCUCGAACACCCACAAAAAGCCCUGUCCCGAAUGGAAGCGCCUCAGGAGCCAGAGCCCACUGUCAAGAGCUCUGCUCGGUCAGCACGUGAUCCGCGGCGGGUCACCAUCCUAACAGAUCCAGAUGCGAGUUCCAGUCCUUGUCGCCAACAACCUGAGCCACCUUGCCACAAACCUCCAAUUUUAAGUUCUUCCCUUAAGCCUUCAACUGGUGCUUUAGAGCAAGAACUGACCCCUCGUCCUUUACCACCCAGGUCUUUACCAAAGUAUGGUCCUGAGUCUUCCUGGUGGAUCUUAUUCCACCCAGAACCUCCUGAACCCCCAAAGUGUCCUGACAACUUCCUACUGCGGCCAGAACCUAGGCAGUCUCACCUAGACCUUUUCAUGUCCCAGAUAGAGAUAGCCUCGGCUUACUGUGAAGAAUUAAUCAUACAGAGGGAGAAGGCUACUUCUCCUGAGCCACAAUUUCUAGCUAAGCCUUCAAGAGUGGCCUCAAGGGAUUUUCUGAAGACUGCUUUGCAGCCCUUGGAAUCACCUGCCUGCGUGGAGGACGGAACCAUUCAAAGGUUUAGUGCUUUCUUCCUGGAUGUUACUGAUGAGAUGCUUAAUCGAGUCAUCUGGUGGUUGAAAGAUGAUGAGAUCAAGAGAUUCCUAGAGGACAAUGAGGAGGCAGAGCUGGCUGUGUUUGUAAAAGAGUUCCCUGGAGGAGACCUCUCCCAUACAGAGGGAUGUUCUCAACUACAACUCCCUGCUCUCCUGGAUCCCUUUGAAGAGUGUGAGAACAAGGAUUCCAGGAACCCCUCUCGAAUCCAUUCAGAAACCCAUGCUCACCUCUGCAUCUCUUCUACAAGCAUGAUCAGCACUUCUAGUAGGCCUCGAAGCCCCUGGGGCAAGCUGGACCCUUAUGACUCCUCUGAGGAUGAUAAGGAGUAUGUGGGGUUUGCCACCCUCCCCAACCAGGUUCAUCGAAAGUCCAUGAAAAAGGGCUUUGACUUCACCCUCAUGGUGGCAGGAGAGUCCGGGCUGGGCAAAUCCACCCUCAUCAACAGUCUCUUCCUCACUGACAUGUACCGGGACCGUAGAUUAUUGAAUGCUGAAGAACGGAUCACGCAAACAGUGGAGAUCAUUAAGCAUACCAUGGACAUCGAGGAGAAAGGGGUCAAGCUGAAGCUCACGGUCGUGGACACACCAGGUUUCGGAGAUGCUGUGAACAACACUGAGUGCUGGAAGCCUGUAGCAGAUUAUAUCGACCAGCAGUUUGAACAGUAUUUCCGGGAUGAAAGUGGUCUCAAUCGAAAGAACAUUCAGGAUAACAGGGUGCACUGCUGCCUCUACUUCAUCUCUCCCUUUGGCCAUGGGCUCCGACCCUUAGAUGUGGAGUUCAUGAGGGCUCUACAUCAUCGAGUUAACAUUGUGCCCAUCUUGGCCAAGGCUGACACUCUGACACCCAAUGAAGUAGAGCACAAGAAACGAAAGAUUCGAGAGGAAAUUGAGCAUUUUGGAAUCCAGAUCUACCAGUUCCCAGCCUGUGACUCCGAUGAAGAUGAGGAACUCAAGUUACAGGACCAGACUCUGAAGGACAGUAUCCCUUUUGCUGUCAUUGGCAGCAACACAGUGGUGGAGGCCAAAGGGCGGCGUGUUCGAGGACGGCUCUAUCCCUGGGGUAUUGUAGAAGUGGAAAAUCCGGGGCAUUGCGAUUUUGUGAAGCUGAGGACCAUGCUGGUACGCACUCACAUGCAGGAUCUUAAGGAUGUGACAAGGGAAAUACAUUAUGAGAACUAUCGGGCACAAUGUAUCCAGAGCAUGACUCGAAUGGUGGUGAAGGAAAGAACUCGCAACAAGCUGACUCGGGACAAUGUUACUGACUUCACCAUCCCAGCAUUCCUGCCUGGGAUUGAUAUAGAGACUGAGAAGCUGCUCCGGGAGAAAGAUGAGGAGUUGCGAAGGAUGCAGGAGAUGCUGUAUAAACUCCAGAAACAGAAGAAGAACUGUUAGUUCCCUUUCUUUGGAUGUAUGUCUCCUCCUCUUUCUCCUGGCCCUUCCCAGCUCUUGAUCUGCUCUGGCCCCUCAAGCUACUGCCACUUCGCCUUAUGUCCCUGCUGCCUCCCUAGAGACUCAUAAGAAAUAAAGUCUAACGAAUCGGAAUCUGA